UAGCUGGACAGCUUCUCCCAAAGAGGUGGUGCCGAAGAGGCUGGGGAAACGGCCGCGGACGAUUAGUGCAGCCUCCUCCCAACGCGCGGCACACCGUUAUCAAAGCGGGCUGCCCGAGGUCCACGGCUAUGGCACGCCUUACAUACUUCCUCCUGCCACUACUCGCGGAGGCCGCCUGGCCGUCCUGCACUCAGGUGAAUGUGGCUCCGGACACGGCCUUCGGCAUCGGCGGCAAGCACGAUCCUUAUGAUGACGGCGCCGAGGCCUGCUGGGUCCUGACGGCGCCCGGCGACCGCCUGACCGUCGCGUUCGAUUUUUUUCAGACCGAGUUCCAGCACGACUACCUGACGGUCUACGACGGCCAAGAUGACGACGACCCGUUGCAAGUGUCGGGCGAGCUGCCGUCACCCUUUGUUUUGAGACCGGACAAUAAAGAAGUUUUAUUACAUUUUAAGGCCGAUGCCACCUACCACUCGGGCGCGCGCACGCAGCAGCUCGGCUUGACGGCCAAGUACUUCGAUUCCAGCGACGGCUCAUGUUUCAAUGGUUGUUCGAACCACGGGACGUGUGACGACGGCCUGUGUACGUGUAACGAGGGCUGGGGGGCCGACGAAUAUACGGACUGCUCCAUACCCGUCAAGACCUUGAAUGACGGCGUCAAGGCGGACAUCGGCGGCAUUAGUGUCGGCGCGUGGGAGUACUUCAAGAUUAAUGUGGACGAAAGUGAUACGUUUCUGAUCGAACUCGUCGACGCGUCGGUCGCGACGGCCGACCCGCGCUUGAUGGUGUCCUACGACACGUUACCUACUCUUUCCCAUUAUCGGUUGUCGGACUGGUUCAGCUGGUACUACGACUGUUCGGAUAUUCAUUUCAUCCGAGGCAACGGGAGAACGGGGACGAUCUACAUCGGAGUGACGAAUGAUGCCUUGCGGGGUGAUGCGACCGGCACGCUGGAAGCCUCCGUGACACUAAGAGUAGGCACAAACAGCCAGCAACGAUGCCUCUUAGACUGCAACGGCCACGGGACUUGUGAUACCACAAGCGGCAACUGCGCCUGCGACGACGGCUGGGAGGGCAGCCUGACGAACGCGCCGGACACGUGUCAAUUUCAAGUUCGAGCGUUAACACUAGAUACGUCCAACGAAGGGACCGUGCGCAUCGGCAACUGGGACUACUACCGGUAUGAUGUUACGGCAGACCAAGCCCACAGAAAUAAGCUCGCGGUCGAGUUCUACUCGUCGACGCCGCACGCCUGGCCCAUCGCGUUGGUAAGGCGGAACGACGCGCCGCGACUCAAAGAUGGGUUAGUUCCGACGGUGGACGCCUUUGUGUAUACCGAGGUGGACGGCGAGGGCUUCGAGUUAAUACAAGGCCAGCGCAUGUCUAUCAUUGUCAAUGAGACUACCCUGAGCGAGGGGGCGUGGUACAUCGGGGUCUAUAACUUGUGGGGCCAUAAUGGAGUGAAUGGGAUGACCUCCAAGGAAACGCUGCAGUAUAGUCUGACCGCUACCCUGUACAAUUCGGGCACGCCCUGUCCAGCCACAAAAAAUGGAGGCUUCUGCGACGGCAACACGUGCGACUUCAACACGGGCGAGUGCGCCUGCCCUUCAGACAGGUUAUGGCGGGACUGCUCGUUCACGGCGGAAACGUUGCUGGGGGACGGUGCCACGAAGAAUCCACCUGCAUUAGGAAUUGGUGGGCAUUCGUAUUACGCCAUUGAAGUGACCGUGGACCACAUCCAAGCCAAAAAGAAUUUGGUGGUGACCCUAGAAGUGCUGGGCGACAAAGUGGCCGACCCGACGAUGCGCGCGGCGUUCGAGGAGAUGCCCUGGGCCGCCGACGCGUCGCAGUUCACGGACCAUGAUUUGCUAGCUAACUUUUAUAGGGAUGCGGAGCACCAGAUUUUGCUGGAUGCGGAAGAGUUAGCGGCGGCCGGGCCGGGCGUCUGGUACGUUUCCGUGCACAAUGGGGUCGAGAAUUCUGAGGCCCUGACCUUUUCUAUUACGAGUAGCUUCAAAACUUCAUUAGAUUGCCCACUAGCAAGAGACGAUCGCAUGUGCGACGGCCAGGGGACCUGUGAAAGGAACUUGGGCCGAUGCGACUGCGCGAGUGGCAGGGUCAUGGACGACUGCUCCGCCGACGGUGUGUUUGAGUUGACGCCGUCUCAACUAACAGCCAGCCCAUCACGGGGCAACGCCAAGACCAUCUCUAUUGAUGGAUGGGCCUUCUGGUCGAUUGCGGUCGGGUGCGAAGAUCGCGUGCUCGAGGUCGCGUUCCAGACGACGAAUGAUGGGGCCCUCCCCACUCUAGUAGUGAGACGAGACCGGUUACCACUCAUGGUGCAGGGUACUUUUGACUACUUCGACUACUACAACCAGCACACGCCUUCCCAGGCAAUCGCGAUUACGGCUUGCGGCGACGACCAGUUCGGCUGCUCCGGGUCGGGGUGCUGCAUGAACCCGACCUACCCCGGCUCGGCCUUCUCGACGGGCGCGCCGGAGCCGGGCAUCUACUACAUUGGUAUUUAUAACGAUCACGAGGCGUCCGAAUCCAUACAAGACUAUACCUUAUCUGUCGAAAUGCGGGGCGUUCCCGGCGCUUCUGACACAUGUAAAGUCUGCGCGCCGGGCUUCGCUUCAUCGGAUUGCUCCGUGCCGUGCCCCGGGAUGGACCCGGCUGAUGUCUACUCGAAUUCUCCCACAAGUUCGGGCACUUUUUGUAGUGGCAGAGGCGUCUGCUCGGCGGACGGGUCUUCGUGUGUGUGCGGCGCGGGCUACAUCGGAGACGCGUGCCAGGACGGCUGCGCUGCCGAUGAAUCAGGAGAUACGUGUAGCAACCGAGGCACGUGCGUCGACGCGGGCGCCGGCGUGGCUUCCUGCGCCUGCGAUAAGGGUUGGGGCGGCAAAGCUUGUGAGUUAGAAUGCGGCGGCUGCUCCAAUCACGGCGGCUGCGUGUAUGAUGACGACACGGGCGCGCGGUGCAACUGCGACGGGGACCACGCGGGUGCGGAGUGCGAGUUCGACUGUCCUUCCCAUCUCGGCCACGCGUGUAAUCGGCGGGGGCAGUGUGUCGUGCUACACGCGAACGACGGCACGGCGCUGCGGGCGUCCUGCGUCUGCGACGCCCAUAGUCACGGCGACGCGUGCGAGCUGACCUGUCCCACGGGCGUCGCCGACGAGGACUCGAACUCCUUCGGCGAGUGCUCGGGCAAGGGCGAAUGCGUCGUCUCCGAAGACGGGUCAGCGGUCAGUUGCAAGUGCAACCCGUUCCGCAGCGGCGAUGCCUGUCAACACCGCAACGGCACGGCCACGUCUUCGAAGAAGGACGCGGCGAUGGCCAGCACGGGGGCGGCGAUCUUCUUUGGGGUCUGUGCGUGUUUGUUGCUCGGCGCGGCGGGCGCGUGCUUCAUGGUCGCGGAGCGGAGGCGGCGGAAAAUAGAUCGCUACGAGCGGCUCUUCCAGGAGGUCGUCCCGAACGCACUGGUAGAGCGCGGUGCGAGCGGCGAGUACGAGGCGCCGUCGCUGCGCGGCAUCGAGACGGAGCUCACGUCGCGGGUCGCCGAUCCGGACGAAGAGGACAUCUUCGGAGGACCGCCGAAGUCUCCGCAGAUGCUCGGCGAGGCGGCGCGGCAGACGAUCGCUCUGGAUGCGACCCGGGAGCGCGACAAAACAACCGCAGGGGCUGAAAUGAUAUGAUAGUAAGUAGUACAAACACA